GGAAAGGAUUGAAGGGAAGAGAGAGAGACAUGACAAAAAUAUCAAAAGGCAGAAAGCACGCCGUACCAUGCGAGCUAAAUUGGUGACCGAUGGGAUCGAGGAUGUCGGAUUAAUGGUGACUACCGCAGCCCGUUUUCGCAGAGGAAGCUUCUCUAUUGCAACUUGGGCGCAGAGGGUCCGCGGGGAAACAUGGCCGAAGGAGGGCCGGGUAAAGGUGGCGGAGAAGACCCCGCCAAGUCCACCGAGCAGGAGGACCGGACUCGACCUCAGAUCCUGUCGGGAUCGGGCUUCUGCAAAUGGUUCAACGUCCGGAUGGGCUUUGGAUUUAUCUCAAUGACCAGCAGCGAAGGGAGCCCCGUCGACCCCCCUCUGGAUGUUUUCGUCCACCAAAGCAAACUGGUGAUGGAGGGCUUCCGCAGCUUAAAGGAGGGUGAGCAGGUGGAGUUCACCUAUAAGAAGUCCUCUAAGGGCCUGGAGUCCCUGCGGGUGACCGGACCUGGUGGGGGACCCUGUGCAGGCAGCGAGAGGAGACCAAAAGGGAAGGUCCCACUCCAGAAACGCAAACCAAAGGGAGACCGCUGUUAUAACUGUGGAGGUCUGGAUCACCAUGCCAAGGAGUGUGGCCUGCCCCCCCAGCCAAAGAAAUGCCACUACUGCCAGAGCAUCACGCACAUGGUGGCUCAGUGUCCCCACAAGGCGCUGGCGCCUGCCACAGGCUCUCAGGACCAACAUGCGUCUACCUCGGCCUCCAGCCCAGGGACCGGGCCCUACCUCUGUCCCCCAGAGGAGGAGGAGCGCUCUAGCUCAUCUCCCCUGGAAGGCUCCUCCUCCUCCCCCGAGGAGCCCCACACACACCGCGGCCCCCGUACCCAGAGGUGGAGGAAAUCCUGAAACAGCCCAUAGAGGUGAAGCUUUCACCGCUAACCCCUGACCCUCAUGUCUCCCCUCAAUCAAGGAUUCCUGAAGCCCCCCCCCCCUCAUCUACCUCACACCUGUGAAAAAAAUGGGAGGUCUUAAUUUCUUUACUUUUAUUUUAUUUGUUUUUUUGUUUUUUUUUGUCUAACCAGCGCAGCUAUGGCAACGAUCAAUGGGGUACGGACGUGCGUGAAUGUGUGUGACUGACUUGCAGUCAUCUGGUGCAGCUAUGGCAGCCACAGCAGGAAUGGUGACUGCAGGGAAUGACUGUUUUUCUUGUUUCAAAUCAGUGCAGCUCAAGAGUGAAACAACAUGGUAUGAAUCUUGGCUUGAUUUUUUUUUUUUCUUCCUUCUGUUUUUUUUCCCCCUGGACCUAAGUGUUGGCCGUUUUGAAUGCUUUUUUUUCCUUACAGAUGUUGUCGCCACAAAUGUAUCUCCUGUAGGCCUAAUCAUUCCAAAAAAAAUCAUGAUGCAUCCUUUUAGCACACACGGUAGCUCAUUUUAAGAAGGAUUAGACAAAGACUUUUAAAAGCUCAACACCCUCUAAGCGAUAAUCCAGACCCGUAAGGAUUGUCAGCUCGGCUUCUAAAGAUCUGUAGGGAAACUAUUGAUUCCCUCUGGAAUCCAUAAAGCCAGACGACGAGCUGCUAAAUACAUUCUCUAUUAUCUUGAAACACUCAAGUCCACUACAUACCUCUCUCAUACAUGAAAUAGACCGGACCAAGUGAUUGUCGCUUCAGAGAGCGAGCAUGUGUGUUUGUGCAUGCACGUGCAAGACUGAGAGAGAGAAAGAAAGUGUGUGUUUGUAUGUGUGUGUGUUGCACACGCUCGGAAAGAAAGCAAAAGACUGGAGCACCUCUCCUUCGGGGGUGCGAGUCAACACUAUUACCCUCUCAGUUUCCUAUUAUCAUAGAUAGACACGCCUUAGAUAACACAUCGUAUUAUCCAGCUAGGUCAUAGUUUAGAUUCAAGGUAAUGAGUCGUUACUUCAGUGGACUAUUAGCAUUAGAGACUUCCACUUUUGGUGGUUGCAUAAUUAGUUGAAAAUAACAUUACAGUUUAUAAAUCAUAGUAUAAGUCAUUAAUAUAUAUGUAAAGUCACAAGAUAUAAUUGAAAUUCUAUUAACUUUAAGUAAUGCAUAUAUAAGGAAUUAGCUCUGACAUAGGUGAAUAGCCCUGUAUAUAGCAUGGGAUACUUGUGUGAAAAAGAAAAUUAUAGCUCUCUCUCUAUUUAACUGUUCAUCCAUGACAAAUCAAACUGAUUUUGUCAUUUUCUUCCACACCUUCUUCUUUAUUCACUAAUUCAAACAGUCAGCCGUCACCUCUGACACAGCACAAAGAGUCACCUUUUUUUUUUUUUUUAAUUAUAGGUGUAGUAUCAGACCAUUACAGUGUCAUCACAGCUGCUCUACUUAAUACCUCACCAAUUCUUCCUCUUGGAAAUGAAUGUCGCAGAACAUCAAGCUGUUUGCUCUCCCAGCUGUGUUACAGUAAGAUCCGACCACCUGUUCCUCUUCCAUCUGUGCCUACCAUUUGUUAGUUAGCACCAGCCAGGUAACGCUCACUCCUCUUUGGGAAUGAGACGCCGUCACUGCUGCUGCUGCUGCUUCAGACUCACUGAAGAGAGAGAGAGAGAGAGAGAAAGAGAGAGAGAGAGAGAGGGAGAGAGAGAGAGAGAGAGAAAGAGUGCUGCUUUUGGUAUAACUUGAAUCCCAAGCAUGGCUUUAGUGGCACUUAUUUGUGACCUAACAACUCUUCUCUGACCAUAUUGAAUGUGAAAAGAGCUUAUCUGAAGUUGACUCCUCACAAAGUUCACGUCGGGUCGCUUUGGAGUUGUAUCUUAAUGUUCUGACAAAUCAAAUAACUUUGUAUGUUGAUAUCAAACUAGCUCGUGUGUUUUUAAAGCUCUAAAGUAGACAACCAACUUUUUUUGGUAUAUUUCUAUACCGAAGAGUUUGGCUUUAUUUUUUUGAAGGCAUUUAAAAGUUUGCUGAAGUGCUUGCUUUCAUAGUAAGAGGGACUUAUUGCUGAAAGCGCAACACUGCGGUUGUUUUUUUAUGUACAGCUUUUUGAAUGUGUGCGUGCGUUAAAAAUCAAAUCUCAACAAUGCAGCAUGACAGAGUACAAAAAAGAAGAAAAAAAAAAGAAAAAAAAAAAAGUGAAUGACCAAACCACACAAGGAGCACAGCCCAUGCUCAAAUCUCUAUGGAAACAACAUCUUUUUGUAUGAUGUAUUUUUACAUUUUUACACACAAUUCCUCUCAGGAUGAUGAACUGUUCUCAGGGAAUUAACCAAAAAAGUGUAUUUUAUUCUUUUGGGAAUCAUCCACUGACUGACUGAACAAACUCUGUUAAGCAAUGGUGAAGAGACAUACAGUAUGUAACCGAUUCAUGUACUGAUAUUAGCAACUACCUCUUGAGUUAUACAUAGUUGUGCAUUUCUUUUUGUUUUGUAUAUUUUUUGAUGAGCUUGUAUGAUUAACUGUAGGUCUCUGUUGUACUGAGGUGUUGUGUGAGAAGUUCCCUAGUGUUGCCACAGACUUCCUGGUCUUCCUUCCCAGAUUUGAUGAGUUACUUUUUUUUCCUUUUUACUGCAAAAAUUCUCUUUUUUUGUUUACAGCAAAAGCCUACCUCAUAUGCGCUGUUCCUCCACAAACUCCUUACCUCCUCCCAGGCCCCCUCUACCUCCUCCAUGCAGUUGUUUGUUGAUUCAAUUGCCACUCGUCGUCGCACUAGAGUCACAUGGCAUUUUCAACGAAUCAGCCCUGAAACGGCUCGUCACUCGUGACUCCAAAUAUAUCUUACAAUCAAAGCCCUUUUCAAGGUUUUUACGCAGGUUUUUUUCAGAACAGGCGUAUUUGUCUCACACAUCCAGGGUGAAUUUUUUUUUUUGCCAGCUCUGUGUUUGUCAGUAUACACUCACCACGUAGCUGCAGACAGCCAGUGAGUUUACCUCAGUUUGUUGGGCAAGCUAAUAUAGACAUGUUAAAUAUGAAAUAUUUUACAUUUCCGUGUGAACACAUUUUGAACAGACAUGGAAUGUUGUUUUUAGUUUGUAAGUAUUUUAUCAUAACCAUUUUUGUAACCACUUGAUAUGAUGGGCUUAUGGUGGAAAAAAAAUAGGAUUGUACUUCGCACAAGGAGUGCCUAUCUCUCUGUUUUGUUUGUCUGACCCUAUUACCAAAUAGAUAUUUUCCUCUUUUUGGGCUCCAUGUUAACGGCCUUUGUCAGCCAUUUUUACAGCCUCAGAUAAUCAAAAGUCGUGUGGUUUGGAGAUGAUGUCCCUUUUGUUGCAGACUGCAUUUGCAGUUUAGAGUGGCAUUGUGAUCAGUUAACAUGAAAUCAGUAGAUUUUGUACUAAUGGUGACAUUGAAUAGACGUCUUUUAAUUUUUUUUUAUGAAGAUGAAUAUUGUUAUCAGUACCUUUUUUUUAAAAAAAAAAACUAAAACUAACUCAUGAGAUUAAAGAUUGAUUUUGCAUAUGACCACAGUGUUACAGUUCACACUCAGCUGAGAGAAUUACUACGUUGCAGUGGGCCUACAUGUGGAACUGAAUGCUUGUUUAUGCCAGUUAUGAACAAAAUAAACGAUCACGGUAAAAUAUAGUGAUAUUAUUGUUUAUUAGUAGCUUUAUAUUUUCUUCCAAUCAAUGUAACUACUGAUUGAUCUCUUGUUUAUUGUCCUGUUCAGUAUUCGACAGAGCCAAGAAACCCUCACGUACAGCACAAGUGACUGUAAAAGAGAGAGGGAGUAAUAAUCAAAUGGUUAUUGUAGGAUUUACAAAUUAUAGGAUGGUAUAGUUAAGUAAGUUAGUUUCUCACUUGUCAUGAGUUUUAAAUCAUGCAAACAUGAGACAACAGAAGCAAUCAUGAAAAAUGCUGAAUAAGGUUUUAAGACCAAGACCUGAACAUUUGUGAUCCUGAAUGUACCAGUUGUAUCUCAGCAGAAGGCUCAGGCCUAGAAAAGGGAACAUGAUAUUCUCAGAUGCAAUGUGCUGCCACAGAAUACACCAAGAAAUAAAGAAAGAUCUACACUGUGGCUCCUUCAUUAGAAAUUUAAACCAAUCUGAGAAUUGACACUGGUGCAUUUCUGCCCCACAGUGGCGGUAAAGGAGAAAUGAAAUAUCUGAUAAAGAGGCAUUUACCUGCCAUGUGGCAUUAUGCAUUGUUCAAAGGCUUUGUAGAGAAGAUUGUAUCAUGUCACAUGACCUCAUGAUUGUGAUAUUUAUGGAGAAACCAGGAUAAAUCAGAAUAACCUGUUGUUUUAAUCUUUUUAUUUCAUAAAAUAUGGACUUGUGUAGAGCUGUAUUGAAAGGAUAAUUCAUGCUUUUGGUCUCUUUUACCUCACUUUAAGAGAAGAACCUGAAACUGCAUUUGCAUGGUUUAGCUCUGUGGAAACUUUUAUACAACUAUACUUAAAAAUGGGCUGAUUUUGUCACUAUCAGUUGAAAACCAUGAAUCUCCAUAUGUUAAGAAAAACAGCCUUGUUUUAAAGGAAUAGUUAAGACAUUUUGGGAAAUAGCUUAUUCAUUUCUGGCUGAGAGUUAGAUAAGAAGACUGAUACCAGUCCCAACUGUUACAUUGUUGCCAUUCAGUUUAUCUGAAGGGUUCAAAAUCACUAAAUUUGGAUUUCAUCAAGUGUGUUAGCAGUGUCUACAUUUUCAGAUACUUACAAGAAGAUAACUGCUAAAACGCCUGGCUCAAAGACUACUCAAAAACCCAAGAGUCACGUGAAUGUUACAUUCAUAUAAUGAAGACAAAAAAACCCUGAAUUAUCCUUAAUAACAAAGGAGACAGACAGGAUGUACUAUGCCAUGAUCCCUGAUGGGGAAACCUCAGCAGUCAAUCUCACUGCUCCCUCAUGUGGCUGUUGAGGAGAUGACUGCAGACGGACUGAAGUUCACAUACCUCAACUGCUGCCUUUGUUGGCUGCUCUGUUCUUUGCCUUGACUGGAUAAAACAAUGUAUUCUAGGAGAUGAUCAUUUAUGAUGUUUUUUUUUUUUUUUUUAAACUGAACUGUAUCAUGCUGGAUUCAUAUUAUGGUUAUGUACAUGAAAUCAUUCUGGAAAUUGGACCUUUGAGGACCUAGAAAUCCAACCAAGGCAGUUAAGUGCAGAUACCUCCUUGUAUUGACUAAUAAACCUCACAUUUCUCAUGUUUAUGUUUUUACUCUCUACAUUGUGGCCAGAGGGAGUCUUCUGUGCUCUCUUUUUCUGGAGUAUGUCAAGAGCCAAGCACUGAUUGCUUUUGAAUGGGGAAAAAUGUUCUUCUAUGUGCAUAUCACUCAUUAUUUUAGCCCCAAUAUAAGUGUACUGCCUUUUUUAUUUCUGUGAAUCUUGGAUUGGAUUUUUAAAUAUGUCUUAAAUGUUUUACUUGAUUG